CUGCCACCCCGACAACCUCGCGGCCCCCGCCCCCGCCCGGGCCCGCUCCCCUCCCUCCCCUGCCCCCGGCUCUGAUUUCUUCUCCCGAGCGAGCUCGGCAGGAGACUCAGGCGCUGGCUGCCCCGUCCGCUCUCCGCCUCCGCCGCGCCCUCGUCGCCCGGGAUGGGCCCCCCCGCGGCCGCCGCCGCCGCCGCCGGAGCCGUCGCCUCCCGGCCGCCGCCGGAGCCGCACUCGCCCUGAAGCCCGGGCCCCGCGUGCACCGACUGGCCCCGCAGCCAAGCCCCCCCGCCCCCUGCCCGCACCGGCUGGCGGCAGAGCGGUCACGAUGCUGCCGCCCCUACCCUCCCGCCUCGGGCUGCUGCUGCUGCUGCUCCUGUGUCCCGCGCACGUCGGCGGACUGUGGUGGGCAGUGGGCAGCCCCUUGGUCAUGGACCCCACCAGUAUCUGCAGGAAAGCACGGAGGCUGGCAGGGCGGCAGGCCGAGUUGUGCCAGGAGGAGCCAGAAGUGGUGGCCGAGCUAGCGCGGGGUGCCCGGCUUGGGGUUCGAGAGUGCCAGUUCCAGUUCCGUUUCCGCCGCUGGAACUGCUCCAGCCACAGCAAGGCCUUUGGGCGCAUCCUGCAGCAGGACAUCCGGGAGACUGCCUUCGUCUUUGCCAUCACGGCUGCGGGCGCCAGCCAUGCAGUCACGCAGGCCUGCUCCAUGGGCGAGCUGCUGCAAUGUGGCUGUCAGGCACCCCGCAGGCGGGCCCCAUCACGGCCCCCUGGCCUGCCAGGCACCCUUGGGCCCCCUGGCCUUGUGGGCUCCCCAGAGGGCAGUGCAGCUUGGGAGUGGGGAGGCUGUGGGGACGAUGUGGACUUCGGGGAUGAGAAGUCCAGGCUCUUCAUGGAUGCGAGGCAUAAGCGGGGAAGUGGAGACAUCCGAGCAUUGGUGCAACUUCACAACAAUGAGGCCGGCCGGCUGGCGGUGCGGAGCCAUACACGCACUGAAUGCAAGUGCCACGGGCUGUCGGGCUCGUGCGCUCUGCGCACCUGCUGGCAGAAGCUGCCUCCGUUCCGGGAGGUGGGCGCGGAGCUGCUCGAGCGCUUCCACGGCGCCUCGCGUGUCAUGGGGACCAACGAUGGCAAGGCUCUGCUGCCCGCCGUCCGCAAUCUCAAGCCGCCGAGUCGCGCCGACCUGCUCUACGUCGCCGACUCGCCCGACUUCUGCGCCCCCAACCGGCGCACAGGCUCUCCAGGCACGCGCGGCCGCGCCUGCAACAGCAGCGCGCUGGACCUCAGCGGCUGCGACCUGCUGUGCUGCGGCCGCGGGCACCGCGAGGAGAGCGUGCAGCUCGAAGAGAACUGCCUGUGCCGCUUCCACUGGUGCUGCGUGGUGCAGUGCCACCAGUGCCUCGUGCGCAAGGAGCUCAGCCUCUGCCUCUGACCCGCCGCCCGCAGCUCCCCCAACAGCGCGCAGCGCUGCCUCUCGUACCUGUGUGACCUCUGGGCUCCAGCAGAGGGCGCUGCCGUAGCCCAAUUUACUCUUGUAAAAGUCCAUCUCCCAAGCCUCUGGAAACUGAGGUUGGAGUCAUUCGCGUGCCCAGGAAGACCCAGUGCAUCGCAGGGAUUCCCAGGGGUGCUUUAACGCGUUCUGGGGAGCCUAUACGCUGUAGGGAGCUCUGCAGUUUCCCUCUUUUGGUCCCAGAUGGAAACUUCUCUAGGCCUCUGGAUGCGGGGUCCCUAGGAACUGCUGGCCAUGUGUUGGGUGGGUGAGUUUAGUAUCAAUAAAGAUAUUUAAACCAA